UCUCACUCCCGGGCCGGCGACCCGCCGCGCAGUCUCGGCGCUCGGAGCCACCGCCCCCCGCCCCCGUCCCCGCCGCCGCCGGGCCGGACUGCGACGCGUGGCCGACCAAAAUACCCGGCCUGGCCUCCUCCCCUGCCUGGCCUGGAAGUCCGGCCAGCCCGAUCCAUUGCCAGGGGUGGCCGCAGGACGGGUGGCAGGCGCUCGCCUCUCCAGCGUGGGCCAGACCUGUGACCUGUCCCUGCUCUCCUAGAGGAGCCUCCUCCGGAACUUCUGUCCACCUGUCUCACAGCCAGCCGGCCCCAGGAUGGGGGAGUUCAACGAGAAGACCACGUGCGGCACCGUCUGCCUUAAGUAUCUGCUCUUCAUCUUCAACUGCUGCUUCUGGCUGGCUGGUCUGGCCGUCAUGGCGGUGGGCAUCUGGACACUGGCCCUCAAGAGUGACUACAUCAGCUUGCUGGCCUCGGGCACCUACCUGGCCACAGCCUACAUCCUGGUGGUGGCUGGCGUUGUUGUCAUGGUGACCGGAGUUCUGGGCUGCUGCGCCACCUUCAAGGAGAGGCGGAACCUGCUGCGCCUGUACUUCAUCCUGCUCCUCCUCAUCUUUCUGCUGGAGAUCAUCGCUGGCAUCCUGGCCUACAUCUACUACCAGCAGCUGAACACAGAGCUCAAGGAGCACCUGAAGGACACCAUGACCAAGCUGUACCACCAGCCAGGACACGAAGGUGUGACCAGUGCGGUGGACAAGCUGCAACAGGAGUUCCGCUGCUGUGGCAGCAACAACUCCCAUGACUGGAGGGACAGCGAGUGGAUCCGCUCAGGCCAGGCGGAUGGCCGAGUGGUUCCCGACAGCUGCUGCAAGACUGUGGUGACCGGCUGUGGGCAGCGGGACCACGCCUCCAACAUCUACAAGGUGGAGGGUGGCUGCAUCACCAAGCUGGAGACCUUCAUCCAGGAGCACCUGAGGAUCAUCGGGGCAGUGGGCAUCGGCAUCGCCUGCGUGCAGCUCUUCGGCAUGGCCUUUACCUGCUGCCUUUACAAGAGCUUGAAGCUGGAACACUACUGACCGCCCCGUGCUGCUCCUCAAGCGCUGCUGCUUCGCGCCCGACUACUGAUGGCCCUGGGGCCUGAGUCCCAGGAUGCUGCUCCGAACCCUCUCCCCACCCUGCCAAGGAGGUGGUGUUCUCUCAUGUGCCCACCCCCAGGCCACCACCGUGACCUCUGGGGACCCCCAUCCUCAAGGGGAGCUUCAAGUGCCUUUCUCUCCGACCAGAGGACUGAGGUGGGGUCCUGUGGCUGCGGGGGGUGGGGGUGGGGUACUGGGUUCUGACCACAACGUUCCUCUAUGCUCUUCCUUUGGGGUAGGACCCUGGGGGGUCUCAGCCAGAGGGGCUGGCUGGAGGUGAACUGGGCCGAAAGGGGCUGGCCCCCCCAGGGUGCUCCCAGACCCCCGGAUACACCUCUGUGUGGUGGUGGGGGGGGUGUUCCUGGGUGGGGUCAGCUGUAGGCGAGGAGUCCCAGAUGCACCUGCCACGGGUCCCCCCGCCCUGCCCGGGAAAGCAAGCAGGCCCUGUGUGUCUGCCCUCCCCAGUCAGGCCUCUGCUGCCCGAGCCCCUGCUCGGAUCCCCCACCGCUCUCCCCACAGGAAAAGCCACAGGUUCACUCGUGCGGUCACCUCCCCUUCGCAGAAGCGGGGAGUUGUGGCCGGACUCACUGCUGUAUCACAAAUGCCUACAACUGCUCCUGCCACGUGACAGGCGCUCAAUAAAAGUUUGUGGAACAAGCGA